GCUGCAGACGCCCAAGGAUUGUCACACCAUGACUCUGGCUGCUUACAAAGAGAAGAUGAAGGAGCUGCCUCUCGUCUCCCUCUUUUGCUCCUGUUUCCUCUCGGACCCCCUGAACAAGCCGGCGUACACGUACGAAGCAGACACGGUAGACCUCACCUGGUGCGUCAUUUCCGACAUGGAAGUCAUCGAGCUCAACAAGCGGACCUCGGGGCAGUCCUUCGAGGUCAUCCUGAAGCCCCCAUCCUUCGACGGCAUCCCCGAGUUCAACGCCUCCCUGCCCCGGCGCCGUGACCCGUCCCUGGAGGAGAUCCAGAAAAAGCUGGAGGCGGCAGAAGAGAGGAGGAAGUACCAAGAGGCUGAGCUGCUGAAGCAUCUGGCGGAGAAGCGGGAGCAUGAGCGGGAGGUCAUCCAAAAGGCCAUCGAGGAGAACAACAACUUCAUCAAAAUGGCCAAAGAGAAGCUGGCGCAGAAGAUGGAGUCCAACAAGGAGAACCGCGAGGCCCAUUUAGCCGCCAUGCUGGAGCGCUUGCAGGAGAAGGACAAACACGCAGAAGAAGUGAGGAAAAACAAGGAGCUCAAGGAAGAAGCCUCCAGGUAAAGAGGCGAUGGUUGGACUGACAGCUCCGGGGAGGUUGGCGGAGGCUACGGCAGCGCAAGGUCGGAUGGUGGAAGGGUGGACGUUCCUCUGCUUUCUUUGUUCGUGAAUGUAAAAGAGUUGACC